UAGAGGUCGGACGACUGUAGAAUAUACGUUUCUUCUCCACCGUAUUUUAAUAUACAACAACUUAUUCGAAUAUGACCUUAUUGCACCGAUUAUAUUUAAUAUUCAGUACAGUGGCAGUAAUAUCCAAUAAUCCUGUGCAUACAAUAAAAAUAGUGAAAAUAGGUGCUCUCUUCGACAAUGAGUAUUCCGAAGCAGAAAUCGCAUUUCGAUUUGCCGUCAACAGAUUCAACAUGUUCAAUAAAGACUACACGCUGAAACCGGAAGUGCGCUACGUUCCGGAAACCGACGGAUUUAAAACCGGACAAAUAGUUUGUGAAAUGGUUGAGAGUGGGCUGUCUGCAAUAUUCGGCCCUGUUUCCUCAAAAACAAAUGAUAUCGUCCAGUCAAUUGCUGAAACGCUAGAAAUACCCCAAUUCCAGACGUUCUGGAACCACAAAUUGCAAAAAAGUGCAACUUCCACGGAAAGUACUGCUUUCAAUUUAUUCCCGGAUCCAAAAUUAUAUUCCAUGGCAUUGGCAACUUUAUUAAAAGAGAUGCGAUGGAAAAGCUAUACAAUAGUUUAUGAAAGCGACGAAGGAUUAGUCAGGCUGCAGGAUAUUUUGAAACUGCACAGAUCGGAUGAUGUGCCCGUACGAGUGAGGAAGCUUACGCCAGGAAACGAUCAUAGGACAUUGUUGAAGGAAAUCAAGGCGUCGUCCGAGUUACAAAUCAUCCUGGACUGCGAGGCAGGCCAUAUCCUCGAUAUUUUACAGCAGGCGCAAGAAGUGAACCUCAUGGAUGAGUAUUACAGUUACAUCCUUACAUCUCUGGAUGCCCACACACUGGACUUCCACAGCGUACGCACAACCCAAGCAAACAUAACGACAUUAAGGUUGAUAGAUCCAAACACAAAGUAUAUUAGGAACGCAGUCCGAGAUUGGGAGCAAGGAUACAAGAGGGGUUCACAUUUAAGACCGGAAAAAGUUCUUACUAGGACUGCCCUCCUGUACGAUGCCGUAAACUUUUUCAGCACCGUUUACAAAGAACUGGAUGCCACAGAAAGCAUACACGCUUCCCCAUUGAGUUGCUCCAAUCCAUUGCCAUCUCAACAUGGAAUUCGAUUGUCCUCCUAUUUGAAAUUGAGCCUUUUACAUAAUGGUACAUUGGCAAUACCAUUAUCUGGUCCAAUAGUAUUGGAUUCGUCUGGCAGAAGAAAGAGUUUCGACCUUCAAAUUGUUGAACUGAGCGGCGAUGGCGUUAGGAAGACGGGCACUUGGAACUCGGACCGUCCGCACCUCAUCAAUUUUACCUUCACUCAGCAGGAAAGACAACUGGAGAUCGUGCAGCAAUUAAGCCAGAAGGUCUUCCGAGUUACGUCUAGAUUGGGAGCACCGUAUGUGAUGUGGCGCCAACCCAAGACCGGUAAAAGGUUCCAUGGCAACGAUCGGUUCGAGGGGCAUUCGAUGGAUCUGAUUGCAGGCAUUGCUGAAAUAUUGAACUUUACAUACAAAUUCGAACUGGUGCCCGACAACAACUACGGAAGCUACAAUCCAAAGACUAAUGAAUGGAACGGUUUAAUUAGACAUUUGCUGGAUAGGAAAGCGGAUUUGGCCCUUUGCGACCUAACCAUUACUUACGAACGAAGAAGAGCUGUUGAUUUCACCAUGCCUUUUAUGACUUUGGGUAUUACCAUUUUAUAUAGCAAAGCUGUAAAACCUCCUCCAGAAUUGUUCUCAUUCAUGCAACCACUGUCUUUUGACAUUUGGUUAUACAUGGCUACAGCGUAUCUUGGAAUAUCUAUCAUCAUAUUUGUUACUGCCAGGUUGGCGCCAGGUGAUUGGGAAAAUCCGCAUCCAUGUAAUGAAAAUCCGGAAGAGUUGGAAAAUAUAUGGGAUAUAAAGAACUGCCUCUGGUUGACGCUCGGUUCACUCAUGGCCCAAGGGUGCGAUAUCUUGCCCAAAGGAAUUUCUACAAGAAUGGUAGCUGGCAUGUGGUGGUUUUUCUCUCUGAUUAUGUGCGCAUCAUAUACUGCUAAUUUGGCGGCUUUUUUGACAAUGGAAAGAAUGGGACCCACAAUAGAAAACGCCGAAGAUUUGGCCAAACAGACGAAAAUCAAAUACGGAAGCGUACUAGGUGGAGCAACCGGAUCAUUUUUCAGAGAUUCGAAUUUUUCAACGUAUCAAAGGAUGUGGACGCAAAUGGAAGCAUCGGAACCGAGCGUCUUUGAGAAAACCAACAAGGAAGGAGUGAAAAGGGUGAAAACCAGCAAACGCUUGUAUGCUUUUCUGAUGGAAAGCUCUUCAAUCGAAUAUGAGAUGGAACGAGAUUGCGAGCUGAUGCAGGUUGGGGGUUGGUUGGACUCGAAGGGGUAUGGAAUCGCUAUGCCGGUCAAUUCCCCCUACCGCACGGCCAUCAGCGGAGCCGUCCUUAAGAUGCAGGAGGAUGGGAAGCUGCACAAACUCAAGGAGAAAUGGUGGAGAAAAAUGCACGGUGGAGGAAAAUGCUCGGCUCUGAAACACACCGGUGACGAUUCUGCAGCGGAGCUGAGCAUCGACAACGUGGGCGGGGUGUUUGUCGUCCUGGGAGGCGGAAUUGCCAUCGCCUUCCUCAUCGCCGCAGCGGAAUUCAUGUGGAACGUCCGGAAAAUUGCAGUCAAUAGACACAUGACAGUAAAGCGGGCGAUCAUGAUGGAGCUGAAGUUUGCCAUGAAUUUCGCUGCUCGCAAGAAGACCGUUAAUGGACGAAUCGAUGAAUCUAAUGAUAUUACUAAUGAGGAAAAUCAAAGGAACCAUUCGAGCACUCCGAAGGAUAAUUAAUUUUAGAUAUACUAACAUUGUUCAAUUAACGUAUAUAAUGAGUUCACAUUAACAAACAUAAAUAGAACAAAAAUUCACCUUUAUAUAAAAUUUCAAAACAUUAAUACAAAACGCUCAAUUUAUAUGUUUUACAUAAUGAUAUAUCAAUGCCAUUUUGU